UGAUAAAACUCUGAGCAGAUUUUAUCAACUCUCCAAAAAUAUAUACAUAUCUCUUUGUUUAUUUCUUGGUCUUCUUACCUCCUUUUUUUAAUAUUUUAAUUGAAGUGUGAAUACAAUAUUAAUCAGUAAGGUAUUAUCCUCACAUCACACCAUAUAGUAAAGCAAAUAAUAAACAAAAAUGCCGUCUUGUAAUAGAACUAAGGAUCUUCAUCCACACGAAACCAAACCACAUCAACACACCGAUGACCACCACCUAUGGAACAAUCCCAACCCCAUUAUCUCCGCUCCAAACAAACCUCCAAUUAAUAUCACGUACCAACGAAAGCAUCAAAUUCGUCAUCGGAACUCGCCGUCCAUGGAAACUUUUCUUCAACGUUCAAUCAUUCAACCUCCCACGCAAUUUCAACGAUGCAAUCUCUCGGUAUAAAAUCAACAUCUGCUUCUUCGAGAUGAACUACACUAUCAUCCUCGUCAUCAUCCUCUUCCUCAGUCUUCUAUUUCAUCCAACUUCGCUCAUCGUCUUCCUCGAACUCAUGGCUUCCUGGCUCUUCCUCUAUUUCCUUCGUGAUGAACCGUUUACUGUGUUUGGAAGACUCAUCAGUGAUCGUGUUGUUGUUUUUCCGAUGUUGAUUCUCACCGUUGUGUUCAUUCUCUUUAUCGGCACAAUCUUCAACAUAUUCGUUGCGGUUUUCAUGUGUGUUGUUAUUGUUCUUCACGCUGCUUUCAGAAACACAAAUGAUUAUUCUAUAGCUGAUCUAUUUAUAGAUGAAGAAGAUGUAAUUUCGUUUUCUCCUCCAAAUGUCUCAUAAUUUUUAAUUUUUUUAACCCUUGAUAAAUCAAGAUUUUAGACCCUCAAUAAUGGUGGAUGUUUCACCUAUUUAACAUGCACCAUCUUUCUUCACUUUUCGUAGGGUCCAAAUGUCUCCUUUGACAUGUGUUUGGGACAAAAUUUUCACAAAUUGGUUGCUCUUCAUAUCUUCAAUGUACUUGCUCUGCCUUGCUUCCAUAACUUCUAUAUAUAAGAUGCCUUUUCCUCCAUCA